AAUUUUUAUUCGCACGCCCACUCUCCUUCCUUUCCGCACCACUAGGCACUAGACGCAGCAGCAGCCUUUGCUCUCCCCUCUCGCUCUCUCUCCACCUCCUCUCCCAAGUCCCAAUUCCCACUACGCCGCCGCCGCCGCCGCCUCCUAGCUCCUACUUCCUCUGCGACUCUCCUCGCCCGCUUCCAGCACUUGCACAUCAGGAACCUUGACCCCGAGGCGGCGUGGCUGCGCCGAGCCGCCGACUAGCUCAAGCGGCGCCCGCCAGUCACCAUGUCCGUCCCCGGCGUCGUCUCCCCGGCUGCCGACCGCUUCUACUGUCCCCCAGCUCGCCGCCACCUCCUGGACAAGCAGCACAAACAACACCCGCCACUAACUGCCUCGGCGGCCGAGGGGCCGGCCAAGCCGCCAACGCCGGAGGAGCUCCGGCGAGACCCUUUCCCGUCGCCGGCUACUGCUGCGACCAACCUCGAGAGCUUCAUCGCCUCCACCGCCGUCCGCGUGCCCGCGCGGUGCCCUCCCCGAACGGGCACGCGGGGGUGCCGGGCAGGAGCGCCGUACUACGAGCUCGCGGAUCUGUGGGAGGCGUUCGGGGAGUGGAGCGCGUACGGCGCCGGCGUGCCGCUGCUGCUCAAUGGCACGGAUGGCGUCGUGCAGUACUACGUGCCAUUCCUCUCCGCUAUCCAGCUCUAUGGGUCGCGGCCGCCGCCGUCAAGCAAGAGCUGCAGAUGCCUUAAUGAAGACAGUGAUGGUGACAGUGCUCUGGACACAAGCAGUGAUGUAAGCAAUGAGAGUGACAAUGACAAUGAAAGGUCUAUUGGAACAACAACCCAGUGUUUAGCAGAAAACAUUUGCACCGAUCAAGAAAGUUUGUCCAGUGAUGACUGUGAGUCCAGCAACCAGCAACCGUCCCCUGUUUUCCAAUAUGUGGAGCAUGAUGCACCAUAUGGAAGACAACCUUUAGCAGAUAUGAUUUCAGUAUUUGCAUGUAAGUUUCCUGAUCUAAAUACAUACAAGAGCUGUGAUCUUCUGCCAUCCAGUUGGAUUUCUGUAGCCUGGUAUCCCAUAUACCGGAUACCAACAGGACCCACUCUACAAGAUCUAGAUGCUUGCUUUUUAACAUUCCAUUCAUUGUCAACAGCACCUGACGGUACGAUAAGCGGGUGUCCUGAGACAAAUAACUUCCAUAACAAUAAAAUUGCUGCUGUUCCUGGGAAGAUCACACUGCCUCUGAUCGGCCUAGCAUCUUACAAAUUUAAUGGUUCCCUGUGGACGUCAAAUCAGCACCACGAGCAGCAGUUGACUACAUCGCUUCUGAAAGCUGCUGAUGACUGGCUUUGCCAGCGUCAAGUAGAUCACCCAGAUUACCGCUUCUUCCUAACACACUAAAUUGGAUCUCGAUCCAAACUCUCUACCUACUGAAUACCACAGCUCGAUGCCCACUAGUUAUUUAAUGAAUUUGCAUUAUCGUUAUAUAUAGUACACAAGCACAAGUAUCAAUAUGCUUUGUAAUAUCAAUUUUGGGGCUUAGUUUAUGUUAGUUCCAUAUUGGUAUCUAGUCAGGAUUAGUUGGUGAUUGUUUUGGGGUUGUGCUGUAGGAACCAACUAGUCAUAGAUCACCUAAACUAUGUUCAGUGGCAAAUGUGGGUGGGUGCCUGGGUGGUGUGCAACCGAGCUAAGUAGGAGGUUGAUUGGCGAUAUACAUUUUGCAUACUUCAAAUGUGGUUCUAGGAUAUACCGAUGAUGGCGAUAAAAAUAUUUGUAGGCUUCCCUCAUUGUGUUUGAUAUAUUGUAACCUAUGCAGUGAUGCUGCUUGAUUGUUAUUACAUAUGGAUUACCCUAAGAAAUAUCUUCUGCUAAUGCAGGUAUUGCACCAUGAUUGGAACUUUCGGUAUAGAUAAUGCGUAUGUGUUGCUUAUAUAUGCUUGUGAUAGCAUGGUUAUUGGAUAACCUUGUGGUGUUGUCAAAUUAUUGGUUACUGGAUAAACUUGUGGUAUUGUCAAAUUAUCUUGA